AUGGGGGAAUCGGAGAAGUUUCACUACAUCUAUAGUUGUGACCUGGACAUCAACGUCCAGCUCAAGAUAGGAAGUUUGGAAGGGAAGAGAGAACAGAAGAGCUACAAGGCUGUCCUAGAAGACCCGAUGCUGAAGUUUUCUGGUCUAUACCAAGAGACCUGCUCUGAUCUUUACGUUACGUGUCAAGUUUUUACAGAGGGGAAGCCUUUGGCCUUGCCAGUGAGAACAUCCUAUAAGGCUUUUAGUACAAGAUGGAACUGGAAUGAAUGGCUAAAAUUACCUGUAAAGUAUCCUGACCUGCCCAGGAAUGCCCAGGUGGCCCUGACCAUAUGGGAUGUGUAUGGACCAGGAAAAGCAGUGCCUGUGGGAGGAACGACAGUUUCUCUCUUUGGAAAAUAUGGCAUGUUCCGCCAAGGGAUGCAUGACUUGAAAGUCUGGCCUAAUGUAGAAGCAGAUGGAUCAGAACCCACAAAAACUCCUGGCAGAACAAGCAGUACUCUCUCAGAAGACCAGAUGAGUCGUCUUGCCAAGCUCACUAAGGCUCAUCGGCAAGGACAUAUGGUGAAAGUAGAUUGGCUGGACAGAUUGACAUUUAGAGAAAUAGAAAUGAUAAAUGAGAGUGAAAAACGAAGUUCUAAUUUCAUGUACUUGAUGGUUGAGUUUCAGUGCGUCAAGAGUGAAGAUAAGGAAUAUGGUAUUGUAUAUUAUGAAAAGGAUGGUGAUGAAUCAUCUCCGAUUCUUACAAGCUUUGAGAUAGUGAAAGUCCCUGAUCCUCAUAUGUCUAUGGAGAAUUUAGUUGAGAGCAAACACCACAAGCUUGCCCGGAGUUUAAGAAGUGGACCAUCUGACCACGAUCUCAAACCUAAUGCUGCCACAAGAGAUCAACUAAAUAUUAUUGUGAGUUAUCCACCUACCAAACAACUAACAUAUGAAGAACAAGAUCUUGUUUGGAAGUUUAGAUACUAUCUUACUAAUCAAGAGAAAGCUUUGACAAAAUUCUUGAAAUGUGUUAACUGGGAUCUACCUCAAGAGGCCAAACAGGCAUUGGAACUUCUGGGAAAAUGGAAACCAAUGGAUGUAGAAGAUUCUCUGGAACUGUUAUCCUCUCAUUACACCAAUACAACAGUGAGGCGUUACGCUGUUGCCAGGUUGCGGCAGGCAGAUGAUGAGGACUUGUUGAUGUACCUAUUACAGUUGGUCCAGGCUCUCAAAUAUGAAAAUUUUGAUGACAUAAAGAAUGGAUCAGAGUCUUCCACUAAGGAUAGUCAGAUUUCCACAUCAGAGAGUAUGUCAAAUUCUGGGAUAAAUUCUGCAGAAAUUGAUAGCUCCCAAAUUAUAACCAGUCCUCUUCCUCCAGUGUCUUCCCCUCCUCCUGCAUCUAAAACAAAAGAGGGUUCAGAUGGUGAAAAUCUGGAACAAGAUCUCUGUACCUUCUUGAUAUCAAGAGCCUGCAAAAACUCAACACUGGCUAAUUAUUUAUACUGGUAUGUGGUUGUGGAAUAUCAAGAUCAAGAUACUCAACAGAGAGAUCCAAAGACCCAUGAGAUGUACUUUAAUGUAAUGAGAAGAUUAAGCCAUGCAUUGCUGAAGGGUGAUAAGUCUGCCAGAGUUACGCGCUCUUUGCUGGCUGCACAGCAAACGUUUGUAGAUCGGUUGGUGCAUCUGAUGAAGGCAGUGCAGCGUGAAAGUGGCAAUCGGAAAAAAAAGAGUGCCCUCAUGCCUGCACAGUUAUUCUUUAAGACUGAAGAUGGUGGCAAGUAUCCAGUUAUAUUUAAGCAUGGAGAUGAUUUGCGCCAGGAUCAACUUAUUCUUCAAAUAAUUUCACUCAUGGAUAAGCUGUUACGUAAAGAAAACCUGGAUUUGAAGUUGACACCUUAUAAAGUAUUAGCUACUAGUACAAAACAUGGCUUCAUGCAGUUUAUCCAGUCAGUUCCUGUUGCUGAAGUUCUUGAUACAGAAGGAAGCAUUCAGAACUUUUUUAGAAAAUAUGCACCGAGUGAGACUGGUCCUAAUGGGAUAAGUGCUGAAGUUAUGGACACUUACGUUAAAAGCUGUGCUGGCUAUUGUGUGAUUACAUAUAUACUUGGAGUUGGAGACAGGCACCUGGAUAACCUUUUGCUGACAAAAACAGGCAAACUGUUUCACAUAGACUUUGGAUAUAUUUUGGGUCGGGAUCCGAAGCCACUUCCUCCUCCAAUGAAACUGAAUAAAGAAAUGGUAGAAGGCAUGGGGGGCACGCAGAGUGAGCAGUACCAGGAGUUCCGUAAACAGUGUUACACAGCGUUUCUCCACCUUCGAAGGUAUUCUAAUCUGAUCUUGAAUUUGUUUUCCUUGAUGGUAGAUGCAAACAUUCCAGACAUUGCUCUUGAACCAGAUAAAACUGUGAAAAAGGUUCAAGAUAAAUUCCGUCUAGACCUGUCUGACGAGGAGGCGGUGCACUACAUGCAGAGUUUGAUUGAUGAAAGUGUCCAUGCUCUCUUCGCUGCUGUGGUUGAACAGAUUCACAAGUUUGCUCAGUCUUCAAGUCUUCAGUAA